AUGUUUGCUGCUCUUCUCCGCCGGGUAGCCAGGCAGCCAACAUUGACCGUCCCCUCGCAGGUGGCACGACUCUCGACGUCCCAGCCGCUUCGCAAAGUGUCUGUGAGCCAAGUGCUUCUCGAAGAGGCAGAUAAGAAAGAAAAAAAGGCCUCGACCAGCAAACCAAACUACUCCACCGCCGGGGACUUCACAGGACAACCUGUCAACCAAUCCACCUCAGCAUGGAAGCCGUUCGAAGCUGGGAGAUUCAUCCGACCCCAUCAAUUGACUUACAAGUACCGCUUGCAACCUACUAGACGGCUCAUAAGGCCCCCCACUGUUGGUCCUGGUUCUGCCGAGUCCCGCUAUGGCGACGUAUUCCACCAACUUGGCAUUGAUCCACUGGACCAGUGCAUGAACCCGCAACUACUCUCUCAUUUCGUCUCCGACAUGGGAAAAAUCUACGGUCGGCAUAUCACGAAGCUUACCACUCGAAGUCAAAGGAGAUUAGGGAAGGCCAUCCGCAGGGCGAAGAUGAUGGGCGUUAUUCCGAUCCUCAGCAAAGCCAAGAAGUCAUCGUGGAUAUACCGCAGAUAG